AUGUCUUCCUUGUUCCUUCAUGUCCAUAACUUUGUCCUCAAAAUACCCUUCAAACUUUCUUCCUUGUAUUCCUUUUCAAAAUCUUUGGUCUCGGCUACCCGAUUCAACCUGCCACCGCCUUUUGUCCGUGAAUUCGUAUUUCUCUUACAGAGAUAUUCGAAAACGCUUGUCUGUGUCAAGUCUGUCCAUGCCCAGAUUAUCACUAACAGUUUAUAUGAGGACCAAUUUUUGGCUACAAAACUUGUUACUGCAUACAGUGAUUUGGGCAGUUUAGUUAAUGCACAUAAUGUGUUUGCACAAUUUUCUCAACCAAGAACCAUUCUGUGCAAUACCAUGAUCAAUGGGUAUUUGAGAAAUGAGCGGUACAAUGAGACCCUCAGAUUGUUUAGAAUGAUGGGAUCUUCUAAUCUAAAAAUUGAUAGUUAUACAUGUCAUUUGGCACUUAAGGCAUGUAUCGGCUUGUCAGAUUAUGAAAUGGGUAUGAAAGUAGUUAAAGUUGCUGUUGAUAAAGAAAUGGAAAGGGAGAAGAUUUUGGGGAGUGCAAUAAUUAGUUUUUUGGUAAAAUUUGAUAAAGUGGAUAAUGCGAGAAGUUUGUUUGAUAGGAUGACAGAAAGAGAUGUUGUGUGCUGGAAUUCGAUAAUUGGCGGUUAUGUGCAAGCUAGUCAGAUUAGGGAGGCAUUUGAUAUGUUUUUCAGGAUGUGCAAUUCUGGUAUUAUCCCAAGUCCCAUAACCAUGGUUAGCUUGAUUCAAGCUUGCAUUAAAAGUGGCAAUCUAGAACUUGGAAAGUGUGUUCAUAGUUGUACAAUUGGAUUGGGAAUGAGAAAUGAUAUUUUGGUGCUUACGUCAUUGGUUAAUAUGUAUAGUAAUAUGGGUGAAAUUGUGAGUGCUCAGUGGCUUUUCGAGACCAUGCCUACGAGAAAUUUAGUUUCCUGGAAUGCCAUGAUUUCGGGAUAUGUUCAGAAUGGCUUUGUGCUUGAAUCUUUUGCCCUUUUCAAUAGACUAUUGAGAAGUGGUGGAGGGUUUGACUCACGAACCAUGGUCAGCCUUAUUCAAGGUUGUUCUCGGAUUGCUGAUUUGCAUAAUGGAAAGAUCCUUCAUGGUUGCGUUUUCAGAAGGGGCUUUGAGCUGAAUCCCAUUUUAUCUACUGCAUUAGUUGAUCUCUAUUCUAAAUGUGGUACCUUAAAGCAGGCAACUUUUGUUUUUGAAAAAAUGGAAAAGAGGAAUGUAAUAACAUGGACUGCUAUGCUUGUCGGGUUGGCACAAAAUGGGCAUGCAGAAGAAGCCUUGAAAAAAUUCUGUCAAAUGCAAGUAGAAGGGGUUGUGGGAAAUUCUGUAACUCUUGUUAGUUUAGUCCAUUCUUGUGCCCAUUUGGGCUGUCUGAGGAAAGGAAGAAGUGUUCAUGCACACUUAAUUCGUCGCGGAUAUGCGUUUGAUGUGGUUAACCGGACAUCAUUGAUUGACAUGUAUGCCAAGUGUGGAAAAAUCAACUCUGCUGAGUUGAUUUUUAACAAAGGAUCUGUUUGUCAAGAUGUUAUUAUAUGGAACUCUAUGAUAACAGCCUAUGGCAUACAUGGUCUUGGAAAGCAAGCUGUUGGUAUCUACAAAAGAAUGGUGGAGGAAGGGACUGAGCCAAAUGAAACCUCAUUUCUUUCUCUUUUAACCGCUUGUAGUCACUCAGGACUCGUGGAAGAUGGGAUCGGAUUGUUCCAUAGCAUGACAAAAGACCACAAAAUUAAACCCACAGAAAAACAUUACGCUAGCAUCGUGGAUCUUCUAAGUCGAGCUGGCCGUUUUCAAGAAGCUGAGGCAUUGAUAAAAGAAAUACCUUUUGAACCCGGAAGUUCCAUUCUCGAAGCUUUGCUGAGUGGGUGUCGAACUCACAAGAAUAUUGAGUUGGGUAUAAAGACAGCAGAUAGGUUACUUUGUUUAGAUUCUAUGAAUCCUGGGAUUUAUGUUGUCUUAUCAAAUAUCUAUGCUCAAGCUAGGAGAUGGGAUGCAGUAAAUCAUGUUCGAAGUCUCAUGAGGACACAGGGACUAAAGAAAACGCCUGGAUAUAGCUCCAUUGAGGUAGAAAAUCAGGUUUAUACAUUUUUCGCUGGAGAUGAUUCGCAUCCAAACUGGGCCGAGAUAUAUCAGUAUUUAGAGAAUCUAAGAUUAGAAGUGGAGGCUUCUGGCUAUGUGCCUUGUACAAGUUGUGUUCUUCGAGAUGUCGAUGAACCAAUGAAGAUUAAGCUGUUAUGGGGCCAUAGUGAGAGAUUAGCUAUGGCAUUUGGGCUUUUAAGCACACCGGCUGGGAGCCCAAUCAGGAUCACCAAAAACCUCCGAGUCUGCGUUGAUUGUCACAACGUGACCAAACACAUAUCAAAGAUAGUUAGGAGGGAACUUAUUGUUAGAGAUGCCAAUCGUUUUCAUCACUUUGUUGAUGGGAACUGCUCUUGUAAAGAUUACUGGUAAUCAGCUUUCGUGCAUGGGAAUCUUUUUCUGUGGUUGCAUUGAUCGUUCAUCCAUAAGCAGUUUUAACACAAAAUUUCAUGCCAACUUUGCGGUCGCAAAUUGCCAAAAGUUUU